AUGUCACGACGUAAAGGCUUAACUCAAAAACAGCUUCAAGAAGAAGCCGAUAAAAUAAUGGCUGAAGACAACGAUGAAGUUUUGGCAUGUACUUCUGAGGAAAUACCGGAAUCUUAUUCGGAUUCAGGAAGUAGUUAUGCACCUUCAUUACCAAAUAGCUCAAGCGCUGAAGACCUCAACUCGUCUGAUGAAAGUGUAAAUAAUGAAGAUACUGCUGAAGAAGAUGUUGAGGAGGAAGUCGAGAGAAAUCCUGAUGGUGGUCCAAAUGAAAACGACGACGAAAUUCAGCGAUAUGUCUUCUCUGUCUCUGUCUAUGACCUAGAAUUAUUACUAGAUGAACCAAGAGUCAAGAACCAAAACUAUUUAGAACACACUGUGACGCAGUACUCCCAAGAAGAGUUUUUCGAACAUGUCAGACUUUCAAGGGGCACAGUAAAUGGUUUGGUUGAAAGAUUUGAGGCUAGUCAAUAUUAUAAUUCACAGGAGGGACAGCAUGCAACCAUAUCUGCUUUACAUCAAGUACUUAUUUAUCUGUGGUACAUUGGACAUCAGACUUGCAGUUUUAGAGAUGUUGGAGAUCGUUUCAAUAUAACAAUAAGCUCUGUCCAUAAAAUUAUUCAUCGCAUGACAUACUUUUUAAGUAAUUUGAGUCCAGAUGUAAUAAAAUGGCCAAAUUAAAAUGAGAAAACCUUAAGUGAACAACAUUUUAGAGUUAAUGGGUUUCCAGAUGUAAUAGGAGCAAUUGACGGUAGCCACAUAAAAUUCGACAAACCGGAAAAUGACCCAGAGUCAUAUAUAAAUAGAAAAGGAUUCUACUCA